UGGUCUAAUAAACGUUAUUAAAAGCCUAUAUUCCUUUGUUGCAUCAUUUAUAUAGCUAAACGAUCAGAACAAAAUCCCAUAUGAAGCGCCCUAUCAUUGGCAUGUUGUUAAAUUUUGAGGAUGAAAUGAUCGAUUACCUCCUCCGCAUCUUCAUCAGGGUGGGUCGGCAGACGUCUAAAUUAUAUAUACUUGAAGCCGGCCAAAAUUCAUAUUUUGUCGUGCAUGCGACUCUGAUUCCCCACUUCGGUAGGCUCAUAUACCCAAACAGCUGGUUGAAGCUUUGAUACCCGAGCCAUGGAGCUUGUGAAAUGCCUACUGUGUGUAUACUUUCUAAUACACAUUAUUAUUGUUCGAGCGGAUAUACCUGAAUUACAGUGGCUGAUUAAUAAAUUGGACGAAGAAAGAGCACCUGCUUCCGUGCAAGAAGCAGCAGCUACUGGCGUUCUGCACAGGCUGCUCCCUUCUCAUUCAUCUGCCUUCCACUUUCAAAUUGUGUCCAAGGACAAAUGUGGUGGACAUGCUUGCUUUAUAAUUAAUAAUCAUAACUUCUCUGGUGAAAAAGGAUAUCCAGAAAUCAUCAUUAAAGGGACAACUGGGGUUGAGCUUGCGGCUGGUCUUCAUUGGUAUUUAAAACAUUAUUGCGGUGUUCAUGUGUCAUGGGACAAGACUGGUGGAGCACAGCUAGAUUCAGUUCCCAGGCCUGGCUCAUUACCAUUUUUACACAGUGGUGGUGUUAUGGUUCAACGGCCAGUUCCAUGGAAUUAUUACCAAAAUGCGGUUACUUCAAGCUAUACCUUUGUAUGGUGGGAUUGGGAACGAUGGGAGAAGGAAAUCGAUUGGAUGGCUCUUCAAGGAGUAAAUUUACCAUUGGCUUUUACAGGGCAAGAGGCGAUUUGGCAGAAAGUGUUUCUGAGAUACAAUUUGACCAAACCAGAUUUAGAUGAUUUCUUUGGAGGACCAGCAUUCCUAGCAUGGUCACGGAUGGGAAAUUUACAUGGAUGGGGUGGUCCUUUGCCUCAGAGCUGGUUAGAUCAGCAGUUACAGUUGCAAAAACGAAUACUUAGUCGAAUGCGUGAACUUGGAAUGACUCCUGUUUUACCUGCAUUUUCUGGAAAUGUUCCUUUGGCACUACAAUUUGCAUUUCCUUCAGCAAAAAUAUCUAGACUGGGCAACUGGUUCACAGUUGACAGCAAUCCAAAAUGGUGUUGCACUUUGCUUCUUGAUGCAACUGAUCCACUGUUUGUGGAAAUAGGUCGGGCUUUUAUUGAAGAACAAAGAAGAGAAUAUGGGGGAACAAGCCACAUAUACAACUGUGACACAUUUGAUGAGAACACACCACCAACAGAUGAUCCAGAAUAUAUAUCUACACUUGGAGCUGCAGUAUUCAAAGCAAUGUAUGCUGGUGAUAGCGAUGCAAUUUGGCUAAUGCAGGGUUGGUUAUUCUCAUAUGAUCCAUAUUGGAAGCCACCUCAGAUGAAAGCACUCCUGCAUUCAGUUCCCAUAGGAAGGAUGGUUGUCCUUGAUUUAUUUGCAGAGGUGAAGCCCGUUUGGUCUAGCUCAGAUCAGUUUUAUGGUACUCCUUAUAUCUGGUGCAUGUUACAUAAUUUUGCUGGAAAUAUUGAAAUGUAUGGAGUUUUAGAUGCCAUUUCAUCUGGGCCAGUUGAGGCUCAAACAAGUCAGAACUCGAUGAUGGUUGGGGUUGGCAUGUGCAUGGAGGGUAUAGAACAAAAUCCAGUUGUUUAUGAUUUGAUGUCUGAAAUGGUAUUUCGUGGUGAAAAGGUUAAUGUGGAGGAGUGGAUCAAGAAAUAUCCAACAAGAAGAUAUGGGAUAAAUGUACCGGCAAUACAAGAAGCUUGGGACAUUCUUUAUAGGUCACUGUACAAUUGUACUGAUGGAGGAUAUGACAAAAACAGGGAUUUUAUAGUGGCAUUUCCAGAUGUUGAUCCAUCCCUCAUUGCAGCAUCAAAACCUAUGAUAGAGACCCAUGCAGUAGGAAAUUACAAGGGUAAAGAAAUAACAAAUAUUUCUUUAGUGGCAAAAAGUUCAUCAUUUGAGCAACCACAUUUAUGGUAUCAACCUUCUGAGGUUAUUCGAGCACUAAAUCUUUUUCUUGAGAGUGGUGAUGUGCUAUCUGAGAGCCUCACAUUUAGGUACGAUUUGGUUGAUCUUACCCGGCAAGCAUUGGCGAAACUUGCUAAUCAAAUUUUCCUGAAUGCCGUGAAAGCUUUUAAUGCAAAUGAUGUUGAGCAAGUGGGUAUCCAAGGAAAAUUAUUUCUAGACCUGAUAAGAGAUAUGGACAUCCUCCUGGCGUCUGAUGAUAAUUUUCUACUUGGAACAUGGCUGGAAACUGCAAAGCAACUGGCGGAAAAUCCCGAACUGCAAAAACAGUAUGAAUGGAAUGCAAGAACCCAAAUAACAAUGUGGUUUGAUAACACUGAAACAGAACCUAGUUUACUUCGCGAUUAUGGAAACAAAUAUUGGAGUGGGCUUGUGCAAGAUUAUUAUUUACCUCGAGCAGAAAUCUAUUUCUACCAUUUACUAGAAAGUAUGAGAGGCAACAAGGCAUUUCCAUUUGACACAUGGAGAAGAGAUUGGAUAUCGCUUACAAACAAUUGGCAAGAUAGUACUGAUGUUUAUUCAGUGAAAGCACGAGGAAAUGCUCUCAACAUUUCCCGAGCAAUAUUCAAGAAAUACUUCCAAGGAUUGGGUAUUGCAUCUGUGGAUUACUUAUCAGCUUCAUGAUACUUUUUGGCAGUUUAGGACAAUAAUAUAGAACAAUGAAUUGUGCAAACAACUUUUCUUAAUUUAUUAUGUAAAAAAUUAUUGGCAUUGCCACUGAAUAGUUCACUCCGUGUCUUUACAUUAAAUGCAAAGUUAAUCUUUAACUA